GAAGUAGCCUCAAGUAGGGUGGAUUCAAUUUCAAUUAGUGAGUUUUAACUUACAAGUGUUGGAGUAACCGAAGAAUUGUUUGGAAGUGUUUCAAUUAAAGUAACAUUUUUUUCGAGUAAUGAAUAGUCAACCGUUUUAUUCGUCGGUGAACUCCUUGUUACUAUGUCUUAGAACUGUGCAGAAAGCAAUCCAAGAUGUUAACUAAGUACAGGUACUCCUCUUCCAAUAGAGCGAGAUUGAGCGGCUGCAGUCAGGCACGAGAUCAGGCAAACCGGAAGACAGAAAAAUGGCAGACGUCACCAAAGACAAAGCCAUCAAACUGACAGUUCGCGUCCUUGUCCCCGUCAGAGAUCAUCCAAAGUUCAACUUCGUCGGCAAGCUCCUUGGUCCAAAAGGCAAUUCUCUGAAACGCCUUCAGGAAGAGACUAUGACGAAAAUGGCCAUCCUUGGAAGAGGUUCAAUGAGAGAUAAACAGAAGGAGGAAGAACUGCGAAUCUCCGGCGAUCCCAAGUUCAGCCAUCUGAGCGAGGAUUUGCACGUCGAAGUGACAGCCGUAGCACCACCUGCUGAGGCGCACGCACGCAUCGCCUAUGCUCUCACGGAGAUACGCAGAUACCUUGUACCGGAUUACAACGACGAGAUCCGCCAGGAACAGAUGCGCGAAAUGCAGCUGUUGGUGGGAACCAACACAACCGGCAUCACAGACAACGGCACAACAAAUCCAGCCAAUAACAACAACAACAACGGAACAGCGAGCGGAUCAGACGGAGGCUCUUGCUCUCCCCAGUCCACAGGGUCUCCUCCUCCUCCUGGAAUGUCAGCUAGUGCUGGAAAGGGCGGUGGAGGGGGAAUUAGGGCUGCAGGACUAGCUCUGGCCUCACCUCACCCCGCCCUCAGAGGACUCAACAGGGCUCAGGCUGCACUUCUGACCUCUGGUAAAAAUGAGCUAGCAAAGGGCCGCGGCGGAUCUGCUGUAACCGCCGCUGGUGGCGGUGGAAGCAGUAGAAGAUCAGUCCUCUCUCUGCUGACGAGGGCCCGCGCCAUGCAACAGAAGGAACAAGAGCUCAUGGAUGUCUACCAUGACCUCCCUGGGUACGGCAUGUAUGACCAUUUGACGGAGCUGCCAAUUGCUGAGGGCGCCGACGACGUAGCUGGUCGUGGAGCAGGUGGCGCCCUCAAGGUGAACAGUCCAGGUGACAGGGCUCGGUUUCGUCAUGAUCCCUACCCUCGUGUGCCAUCAUCCACAUAAAUUAGAAUGACCAGCCAAAGAAGUAUCACAGUAAAGAAUUAUAUAUAUGUAUAUUUACAAUAUAUAUAAAAUCAUUCAAGAGAGACAAGGAAAUCUUGGUGUUUUCCCAACCAGCAGUUAAGCUUACUCCAAGUCGUCCUAAAUGUGAAAAAGGUAGUCACAAGAACAACUAUUUUCAUCCCAGUUUCAUUUUCUGUUCAUAGUGCAUUUUUUCCCAUCCAUUCUUCCCCUCUCUUCAUCAUCGGUUCUUUUGCUUAACAUUUUUUUAGGUACUUUUUCAAGCCAAAUUACUCGUGUCCAGUUAUGAUUAGGCGAAGAGACGUCUGCUCUCUCUCUCUCUCUCUCUCUCUCUCUCUCUCUCUCUCUCUCUCUCUCUCUCUCUCUCUCUCUCUC